AUGGGCCAUUUCGUAACGGUUGCGACGUGCAACCUCAACCAAUGGGCUCUCGACUUUGAAGGCAAUACACAGCGUAUUAUCGAGAGUAUCCAGCAGGCCAAAGCGGCAGGAGCAAAGCUACGGGUUGGACCCGAGCUGGAAAUUUGUGGAUAUGGGUGUCUUGAUCAUUUGCUAGAGCAAGAUUUGUUUCUAGCAUGCUGGGAAAUGCUGGAGAGGAUUUUGACUGAUGAGUCCUGCAAUGAUAUUUUGCUAGACAUUGGAAUGCCCGUCCAGCACCGCAAUGUUCGAUACAAUUGCCGAGUUAUCUGCUUGAACGGCAAGAUUCUUCUGAUCCGGCCCAAAAUGUUUCUUGCAAAUGAUGGCAACUACAGAGAGAUGCGCCAUUUUACUCCAUGGUGCCAACCUCGAACUACCGAACAGUAUCACCUUCCCCGACGCAUUCAACGUCUACAGGGAGCAACGCAUGUUACUUUUGGUGAUGCAGUGGAAGAGCUCUUCACACCCGAUAGUCCACAUACUCAGAUGAGUCUUGAUGGAGUGGAAGUCAUUACCAACAGCAGUGGUUCUCACUUCACUCUGCGUAAGCUAGAAACUCGUCUAGCGCUCAUUAUGGAAGCAACCAGGAAGAAUGGCGGUAUCUACCUCUAUGCCAAUCAGCAAGGAUGCGACGGUGAUCGGUUGUACUAUGACGGUUGUGCUAUGAUCAUUGUCAACGGAACAAUGGUAGCUCAAGGGACACAGUUCAGUUUGAACGAUGUCGAAGUCGUGACAGCGACUAUAGAUCUUGAGGAAGUCCGUGCUUAUCGCUGUUCUAUGUCGAGAGCUUUCCAGGCAGCUCAGUCCAAAGCCAAAUACGAGCGUAUCCAGACUCCUUUCGAAUUGAGCAGCGAGGAGGACGAUCUAGACCUGACUCGUGGUCCAAGCAUUCCUAUUACCCCUCGUUACCACUCACCUGAAGAGGAAAUCGCCCUCUGCUCUGGUUGCUAUCUUUGGGAUUACCUUCGAAGAAGCGGAGUUGCAGGUUACUUGGUGCCUCUUUCUGGAGGUAUCGAUUCAUGCGCCACAGCGACUAUUGUCUUUUCAAUGUGUCGACUUGCCAUUGAAGCAGUCAAGGCUGGUAAUGCUCAGGUAAUUGAAGAUGUUAAACGGCUUGCAAAGUACUCGGACAAAUUGCCAGAGACACCACAGGAGCUGUGCAACCAAAUAUUCCACACCAUCUACAUGGGGAUGUCUCAGCAGUCGUCGAAGGAGACUCGUCAGCGAGCAAGGGACUUGUCGGAAGCUAUUGGAAGUUAUCAUGUGAACUUAGACAUUGAUGAGGUUUACCAUGCACAAAAAGCUCUUAUCAAAACGACGCUAGGAUUCGACCCGAAAUUCAAAGUGGAGGGAGGAUCACAAGCAGAGAACCUUAUGCUACAGAACAUUCAAGCGCGAUCUAGAAUGGUUACGGCGUAUGAGUUUGCUCAAAUCUUGCCCACGACACGAGGACGUCCUGGCGGCGGAGGUUUGUUGGUUCUUGGAUCUGCCAAUGUCGGCGAAUCCUUGCGAGGUUACCUCACAAAAUAUGACUGUUCAAGCGCGGAUAUUAACCCCAUCGGAAGUAUCGACAAAUCCGACCUCAAACGAUUUAUUGCCUGGGCAGAAAGGGUGUACGACAUCCCUUGUCUUCAUGAAUUUUUGACAGCCAUUCCAACUGCAGAGCUCGAACCCAUUACCGAGAAAUACGUUCAAUCAGACGAGGCUGAUAUGGGUAUGACAUAUGAUGAACUGACAACCUUUGGUCGUUUACGAAAGGUCUACAAACUGGGUCCAUAUGGCAUGUUUCAGAGACUCGUACAUGAAUGGGGCGAGGAAAGAGUACGAGAAGACGGAGAUGAAUGCCCAGCCUUGGAACCUCGUCAGAUCGCGGAAAAAGUCAAGCACUUUUUUCAUUACUAUGCCAUCAACCGCCAUAAGAUGACUACCCUAACACCAUCUCUACACUGCAACGACUACUCACCAGACGAUAACAGAUUCACAAAACUGCAAUCAACUCUCCGCCUCCUCAUCCCCCGUCUCCGCCUCCAACAAAAAAAAGACACCGCAUCCUCCGUCGCUCAACGCCGGGAACUCGCCCAACUCCUCGAAAAUGGCCGCGAAGCCUCCGCGCGCUACCGAGUCGAGAAUGUCAUCGCAACCGACAUUGGCGUCGAAGUCAUGGAGAUGAUAGAGCUGUACUGCGAACUGCUACUUGCGCGCACCAUGGUGCUCGAUCAACUCGCGUUUUCGGAUAAAGGUGCUGAGGCACGGAAUAAGGCGAAGGAGGAGCUCAAUAGGCUGAAUCUGGAGAAGAAGGGUGCGUCUGCAACAUCGACGCCAGAGCCGAAGAAGAGUAGCGGAUUUGGGUGGUUCUCAAGCAAUAAAUCGUCUACUACAGCAGCAGCAACAAUUCCGGCGCAGCAACAGGAACAACCACAGGAACCCUCCACAACUACAGCCGCAGUGGAUGAAAGCGACGACUUCAACGACGAAGCAAACAGCUACAUAAACGUCGGCCUCGACGAAGCCGCAGUCGCAAUCUUCUACUCUUGCCCACGCUUCCCGCGCGAAGUCAAGGAACUUACGACCCUGCGCCUGCUACUCAUGGAGCGCUGGGGCAAAGAAUUUGCAACUCUAGCACAGGACAAUAAAGCCGCAAUCAAGAUCCCGGAACGACUUGUUAAAAAACUACGCGUAAAGCCGCCUUCGACGGAGUUGGUAGAGAGUUAUUUGCGUGAAAUCGCAAAGGCGUAUAAUGUUGCUUGGCCUGCAGGAGAGGAGGAGGAAUUGGCGGAGGGGGAUGUACCGGAAAUGAUGUCGACGGAUGAAACGUCGCCUCCGCCGGGGUAUGAUGAUAAAGACGACAACGACGAUAAGGGUGAUGUUGCAGCAGCGCCGCCGCAUACGCCGCGUAAGAGUCUGGCGGAUAAUGUGCGUCGUGCGUCUGAGACGGAUGAAUUGUCGCGUGCCACGCCGCCGAGAGAUAUUGGGACACACGAUGCGACGGGGAAGAGUCCUGUGAGUGUCGCAAAGCCGGGACCUUCUACAGACAAUCCGGAGCCGAGGGUUAGGAUUCCAGGAGAGACCGAGGGAAAUAAACCCCGUCCUGGUGGGCCACAAAGAAAAGAUAGUAAGGGCAUACCGAAUGUGGAUGAGUUGUCGAAGAGGUUUGCUGCGUUGAAAAGGUAG